AUGGUCAACGGAAUUCGAGUUCUCAAGCCGACCCUUAUCUUGAAUGCCAAAUGCGCUUCGCUUCUGGGUCGAGCAAGCGAGAUUAAGAAAUCAUCGGAUGCCAUCGAUAUCGGGUUCCUCCUGAACUGGUGUGCCGAUGAGCGCAUUUAUCCGACUGCAUCCGAAGUUCCUAAUGCCACGAAGCAAUUUGCGGACUACUUCAUCGCCACCUACGGCGAUGCCGACUCGUGGGCAAAGGCCGGGUACGAUGUGAAAGCCGAGUCUCAACUGGAAGACAUGCAACCUCUGGCUGAAGUAUCAUGCUGA